AUGACCAUUUUACUGCUCAUCUUCCUUAUUUUCCUCCCACCAACCCUAUUCUUGACUUGGUACCUCCACGUCCCACGCACAUUCCCACCUCUACCUAAAAUCCCAAUUUAUGUCUCAAUCCUCGGUCUCUGGUCUUCAAUGGGCCAAGAUGAGAUCUACGACCGCUGGUUUCGCAUGCCACUUGAAACACACGGUGCGGUUAUCGUCUGGUUCGGCGGCCGGUGGAGCAUCCUUGUCUCACGACCAGACUUGUUAACUGAUUUGUUCCGCAAUGAGAAUUUGUAUGCCAAAGCCGGCUCCCAGAUCAAGAUCCCGCAUGCUGUCAUUGCGACGCUCGUUGGUGAUAACAUUAUCAAUUCGCAUGAGAAUUGGAAACUGUUUACUUCGAUCAUGAAGCCAGGAUUGCAGAAGAAGGUUUUUGAUACUACUUCGUUGCUUAGGCAGUCGAGGAAAUUGGUUGAUGUUUUGAUCAGUUCGCAGAGUAUCAGUGUUGGCGAGAGCAUUCUGGUAAAUGACGAUGUGCAAAAGUGGGCUGUUGACGUUAUGGGGGAGAAUUUCUUGGAUUUGGACUUCGAGAGCCUAGGCCAUCCAAACAACCAUGUCCGCCUCGAAUCCCUCCAAUCAAUCAUCAAAGCAACCCUCUUCAAACCAAUGUACUUCAGCUUCCCAGAUCUAGACCGCUUCACCUGGCUCCUCCCAUCUCGCAAACGAGCCUACGAGAUAAUGCACGAGUUCGACAACCGGCUUUUUGCGAAAACAAUGCAAAUGAUAAACCAACGCGCCAACUCCAAUGAAAAAUCAGAAGAAAUGGUCUCCCACAUGCUCGCCGAGGCCUUCCUCUCAAAGCAAAUAACAGAGAAGCAAUUCCGCGAUAAUCUCAAAAUAACAUUCCUCACAGCCCACGAAAACGCCCAGCAACUCGUCAACUCGAUGUUCUGGCAACUGGGCACAAGACUCGACAUCCAGUCUCGUCUGCGCGCUGAGAUUAUAGCUACAAGCCUCGUCCACCCCGACCCAUCCCAGGAUAUCAUCAAUACCCUGCCCUAUCUUACUUCCGUCGUUCUGGAACUCCUCCGGCUUUUCCCGCCCGUUUCCCAGCUUAUCAAUCGCGUCGCGACAGAGCCUGCUUUGUUGGGUGGUACCCUGCUCAUUCCGAAGGGAACGUUCGUUGGGUGGAAUGCGUGGGCAGUGCAUAGUAAUACUGCGGUGUGGGGGGCCGAUGCUCGGGAGUUUAGGCCUGAGCGGGUUAGUUGGGUUGUCGAUUCUGGGUAUAGGUUGAAGAUGACACCGGUAGGUUUGAGCCUUCGCUCGGAAGAUUGGUAUCGUGCUGACGAGAAAAGGGUGGAAUAUUGGCUCCCUUGGGUUGUCGAGUUAUCCUGA